AUGCCGACGAUUCAAACACUCCGUCGCCAACCAUCAGAGGCCAAAACUGUUAAGGAUCUUUGGAAGCGCACUAUUCUAGGAGUUUCUGAUGAAGAUAAAGAUAUUCCCCUAGCAUGGGCUUUGCUCAACUUCAGCGCUGAAAUCUCCAUCUACGCCGUCCUCCCCGUCCAUACCAUCCGAAGCAUUGGAUUCCGUAUUGCACCCCAACUCUCGGCGGUCAUCUUACUUGAAGAGGUGGAGUCAAGACAGAUCAUUGUGAAUCAGGAAGCUCUAGACCGACAAAAGCUAUCCAAAGAGCUUUCCGAGAGUGAAAUGAAGUUUGAAAGGUUUGCGACUCGAGCACCUCUCGGGUUGGAAAUUAUCCGACCGGACGGACUGCCACUCUCCGCCAAUGAUAUCUGGAAAGAACCUAUGAAACUGAACAUCGGAAGUGACUGGGCAUGGUGGAGGGAAGCACUCAUUGAUGGGGAAUUUGAAAUGGUGUCCAACGCCUAG